GCUGUCACCAGAAAAGUCUAAUUAUAUCCGGUUAGGGGAAGGAACUACUUCUCCUUCCGCCGGUCAGGUGUGUGUGCACUGCGGCUCUGUGACCGAGCCGGCCUCUGCAGCCCUUUAUUUUCCCGCUUCGAAGACUGCAGACUGAAGAGUGACUAUGGCUGAGCGCAAAAGGAGUUAUGUCUGGCUGUAUUUUAGCUGUAAAGACAGCAGUGACGCUGUGUGUGAUGUGUGUUGAAAGACAGUGAAAUACAGUGGUAACACUACAAACCUCGCUAAUCUGAGGAUAAGUCAUAAGAGUGAAUAUGAUUAUAGAAUGAAACGGCGGUUUGAGGAGGAGGUCCAGGGCGAGAAAGCGCAAUGUUAGGGCAAGACAGACUUCAGUCAGUGAGUCAUUUGGCAGCAGCGGCAGACGUUUUCCAGAUGAUUCUCCAAGAGCAGCAGCACUCACAAGAAACCUAGGACAGAUGAUUAUGAGGGACCGCAAAAAUAUGGUGGCUGCAGUACACAAGAGUGGAGGCAUUAUCCCUGUUUUGCCCACACUCUCAAUUUAGUUGUAAAGGACAGUCUAAAUACUGUCCUGAAGUGGUGCAGAUCCUGGGAAAAUGCAGCACAAUUGUGUCAUUUUUUUCACCAUAGCACUAAGGCCACAGAGAAGCUUAGGGCUGUUCUACAGCAGAUGAAAAUAGCAGAACACAGGUUGGUCCAGUCUGUAGAAACCUGCUGGAAUUCUGUUUUCUACAUGCUGGACAGGCUGCAUGAACAACAUGAAGCUGUGACCACAGUCCUCUGUCUUCUAGGCAGGAGUGAAUUGUGCAUUAAUGUGGUAGAAUUAUCACUCAUCACUCAAAUUGUUGAUGCACUGAGGCCCUUUGAGGAAGUGACAAGGGAGGUAUCAUCAGAAAAAUAUGUUUCAGUCUCCAAAGUGAUUCCUCUCGUGUCUCUUCUUCAAAGAGCCUGUAAGCAUCAGGGCAGCUCCGUUGCCAUACAGCUGGCACAGCAAUGCCAGCGUAGAUUUGCAUUCACUGAGACCAAUCACUCUCUAGCUGCUAGUACAUUUCUGGAUGCUAGGUUUAAACAUCUUGGAUUUCAAGACAAAAACAAUGCUGAGGGAAUGAAAAAACUACUUUUCUCUGAGCUGAAGGAAGUCUACCAGACAGUAGAGUCCAUUCCCACUCCAACUCCAACCUCUGCAUUGGCACCUACUUCUAACUCUGCCUCAGUGCCUAGCUCCCAGAGUCCUGCACUUGUCCCAGACUCAGCUGCAACAAAAGUAUCGUUAUGGGCAGAUUUUGACACGCAUGUUGCGUCUUCCCAACAUCACCGUUCAGCUACCACAGAUGUAAUAAUUGAAAUGUGUCGUUACUCAGAAGAAAAACUGAUUCCCAGAGACAAUGAUCCACUUAUUUGGUGGCAAGAGCAUCAUCAAACCUUCCCAGGCUUUAGGAAACUUGCUGUAAAGUACUUGGGAAUUGUUGCUACUUAUGUACCUGCAGAGCGGAUGUUUUCAAAGGCAGGGGAGGUAGUGAGCAAAAAACGGAACAGACUCAAGGGGAAAACUGUAAACAUGCUCUUAUUCCUAAACAAAAACCUGUGAAGGACAGUUUUCAGAACAGGCUCAGGUUUAAAAUUUUCAGGGGAGUCUAUUUUUAUUUAUUUUUUUGUAAACAUGGUUUUGUGAAAACAAUUUGAGUUAACGGUUUUCAAGGGUGCCUGAUUUAUACUGCAUGUGUUGUAAAGAACAACAGAAAGUGGAUAUGGAAUAUUUUGUUUCAAAACAAAUGUUUAUGUUUAUUGUAAAAAUGUUUAUUAUGUUUAUUGUAAAAAUAAAAAUUGAGGUACUGA